AUGCAGAACGGUCUGUGUCCCGAGCUACAGUAUUUCCGGUGGGACGACGGCGAUUCCACUGGUCUUUCCGACCGUACAUUGCUCAAGUUCAUGCGAAGCCGGUCAGGGAAUGUUUACUAUCACGACUCGCGAGUUGUUUAUCUCCAAGAGUUCGCCGUGACGCUUCAGCGAGAGCAGCAAUUUGCUUUCAAUAUACUAGUCACUGACCCGUGCUCCGCACGGGGAGACUCCAACCAUAUGCAUAUACGGUACCCUAUCACUAUAGUUAUCCCUUUACUUGUACAGGGUUUCGCAAAAGGCAUUGAAAAAUCUAACACCUGA